AUGAAGACUCCUACUGCAAAGAAAACAUUUCACAUGCAAGUUCUGCCCGACAUCUGCAUUGCAUUUGCAUCCGAAAAAGGCAAGCAAUUAUUUCAAACUGCUCUGGCCACUGAGCACAUGAAUUGUUACUUUCCACUCGCUAGUCAGUUCAGAACCCAAGAACUAUUUUACUGUGGUCUUUCAUCCCUUGUCAUGGUUCUCAAUUCUCUAGCAGUCGAUCCAGUUCUGACUUGGAAAGGCAAUUUUUACUCGUAUCACGAAGACAUGCUUGAUUGUAGUUCUUCCCUCGAAGAAAUUAGGAAAAUAGGUAUUCCUAUGGACAAACUCAUGCAUUUGGCUCUGUGUAAUCAGCUUGACGGGGAACUGAAACGAGUUUCUGACACUAUGGAUAUUUUAGAAUUUAGAGAGGAUGUGAAAAAUGCUACAAAAAGCACCAAAAAAGCUAUUAUAGUAUCAUAUGGAAGAGGUGCUUUGGGUCAAGCUGGCACAGGACAUUUCUCUCCUAUUGGUGGAUACAACUUACAGGAAGAUAUGGUACUUGUUAUGGAUGUGGCAAGAUUCAAGUAUCCUCCCUAUUGGAUUUCUUUGACAAAAUUAUGGGAAGCUAUGCGAACUAAAGAUGUAGAGACCGGACUUUACCGGGGAUAUAUGGUACUGUGGAGGGCUUAUGAAGGUCCAGCCAACCAUCACUAA